GAAAAAACCCCGAAAAGUCUAAAACCCUUCUCUUUGAGUCUGUGACCUAGUUCUCCUCAUUCACAUUCUCGAUUUCUCUCUCUCUCUCUCUCUCUCUCUGAAGAACCAUCGAAUUUGGCAGCCAUGGCGAGCACCAAAGUUCAGAGGAUUAUGACCCAACCCAUUAACCUGAUUUUCAGGUUUCUUCAGAGUAAAGCUCGCAUUCAGAUUUGGCUUUUUGAGCAGAAAGACCUGAGGAUCGAAGGCCGAAUCAUUGGCUUUGAUGAGUACAUGAAUUUGGUUUUGGAUGAUGCUGAAGAAGUCAAUGUCAAAAAGAAGAGCAGGAAAUCUUUAGGGCGGAUUCUUCUCAAGGGAGACAACAUAACUUUGAUGAUGAAUUCUGGAAAGUGAUGAUGAUUCCAGCAAUUGUGUAAAUUGGCAUCAUGUUGCCUUUUCCAUCAAAUGGAGGUCUCUAGCAUCUUUGUACUGCGGCUAUGUUAGAUACAUCUUGGACAUUUAAGUAUGAUUUAUGUAACUUAUAAAUGAUUUUCUAUCCAUUGAGUAGAUACAUUGGCACUGUAACUCUUAUACAUGGUUUGGGUUGGUGUAAUAUUCAAAUGGCACAAGAAAGAUUUGAUUGAAUCAAAUGCUGCCUUGCUUUGAUCUA